UUCCUAAUUAUUUACUGUAGUUUUGUUCUCUGUUGCACGUUUCAUUAUUCAGAUCAAUUAGCAAUGAAGCUGGUUUUAAACAAAGUGACUAAAUGUUCCGGCCGAACCGGAGUCUUGAGUGGAAUCGAAAGAUUGGCGAACGUGACGUUGGAAACGCCGGGCUUAAUAUUGCACACAAAGGGAGGUAGUGUACCGCAUCUUUCGAAAGAUGUCCUCCACUGUUUAGGCGGUAAACCAGAGCUGGCGCAAUACUGUUUAACUAGCACCGAACACAUGGCAGAAGCGAUGGGUGCUACGAAACAAGGAAUCGCUCAGUUUGUUGCACAGUCCGAAUGUGUGUCUUUGCUGACUCUCAAAGAUCCGGCAGAGCUUUGUCAGCCAGGAUUCCAUGAAAAAGAUUUUGUACCAAUAUACGGCCGAAGUGGAAGGAUAAAUUUGACAACCGAAAAAUUUAUUAAACUGAUGGAAAUUUUCCAACCGGACAUAUACGUUCCGUUGUUCGACGGUGAUACUGACAUGAACAGUUCGAAGAAACGAGAACAAAAGUCAGUAGACAGAACGGAAACAUUUGUUUUGGAGUGUCUGGAAGCACACCGCAGCUCAGAAGCUCUAAAACAUUCAAGUAUUCUAGCUCCUGUUGUCGGUGGAUAUAACAUAAAAUUGCGAGAACAAUCGCUAAUGUUUUUAGAUCAACACAAGGGUAUUAUCGGUGGUUAUUUGCUGGCAGGGCUUCAUUCCAACGGAUCAUCUGCUUGCCAGGUUGAUGAAAAGUUGUUGAAAGAUACAGUAUCAAAAAUAUGUGAAACACUACCGGCGGAAAAACCGCGCUUUGCAUUCGGUGCAUUCACUCCGUGCAUAAUUCUGGAACUGGUAUCCAAAGGAGUGGACAUAUUCGACACCAGUUAUCCAUAUCUCAAAACACAGCAACACAGGGCUUUGACUUUUAGUUUCAAUACAGAUGACGAUCAGUUUCCUGAUGAAUGGGAAAGCGAGCUUGAUCUUCAGGAUUCGCGUUGGGUCGAAGAUUUCAACGGAUUUGUAAAAAACUGUAGUUGCUUAGCGUGUACUAAACAUACAAGAGCCUAUUCACAUCAUUUGUUCAAUACACGAGAAAUGCUUGGACCAAUAUUGUUAAUGAUGUAA